UUACUGUAUAUUAUUAAUCCCACUAUCGUCAGUCUGAAGAAGGGUCUCGACCCGAAACGUCGCCUAUUCCUUCGCUCCAUAGAUGCCGCCUCACCCGCCGAGUUUCUCCAGCAUUUUGUAGCUAACGACAUUUAUUGGCUUCGGCCAGUAUCAAAAGGUGAUGUUGGUUCAGCACUUCAACCGAUUCAGAGGAUCUUUGUAACCAAGGGAGACUGACGAAAUCUAAAGGAGAGCUGGUCGAGUAAAUCACAGGGUCGGGCAGCCUCUGUGGGGGGAAAUACUAGACAGUCGAUCUUUCGGGCCGGGGGCCAGUGGAAGUGUGGAGAAGUCAGUACAACACUAACCCUGCGGUCAUCACUCUGGUGCUCACUAGAAAAUACCACUUUGACCUAGGGUGGGGCAGAGGUGUCGAGGAGGGGUCGCUGCUGAGGAAAUCCAGUUUGAUCUGUUUUUGUUUUGCAGGCGACAAUGAGCUGGAAUGCGGGAGCUAACAGACAUUGCAACGGUCUACAAACGACUCUGUGUUUAUUGUAAAGAAUUCUAAACCGUUACGUUUCCGCCUCACUUUAAAAGACAAACGACUCGUCACCGCCAAUGACUCACCGACUUUGCGCAUAAAUCUCCUUUGCACAGAAACUCGUGAGAAAAGGAAUAAUCCGCGGAAGGAAUGGAGUUCGACAAGAUCAUCCCCCACGUCGGAGGCUUCGGCCGUUGUCACAAAACGCUGGCCGCCCUCGCCUGCCUCCCCAACCUGCUGGUGGCUCUGAGUUUCUUCAGCAGCGUGUUUUUCACGCUCAUUCCGAACCACCAUUGUCGGCCCGACCGGCAGCUCCUCCCCGAAAUACUAAGGAACGUGUCGGAAAUACAACUGCUCAACUACAGCUUGCCUCUGCCGACCGACGACGACGAUGAUGGCGGCGGCGGCGGCGACGGGCAGGCCGCGGCCUGGAGCCGUUGCCGCCUCCUCCGUUAUGGCGCGAGCCAGCUGCUCCCCAACGGCAGCGUCGCGUGCACCCGGGGCUGGCACUUCGAGCCGUCCGCCGGCCUGCAGACCAACGUCGUCGUGCAGUGGAAUUUGGUUUGCAAAAACUACUGGAAAAUUCCCUUGGAGCAAGUGGGCUACUCCAUUGGAUGGGCUGUUGGAUUCUUGACCCUUGGAACUGUUGUAGAUGGACUGGGCCGUCGAAGUACAUUCAUUCUUUCUGUAGUUGGAGUAAUUAUUCUGCACGUUGGAAUCUCAGUCUCUGUGGAUUUCAUCAUGUUUCUUGUAUUUCGAAUGUUCAGUGGGAUAGCAUUGGCGGGACUCUUCCUGUCUGCAUAUGUUGCAAGGUUGGAAAUGUGCGACCCGCCACACCGACUGGUGAUCAUGAUAACUGCAUCGAUCUGCACAGUGGUUGGAGAGAUGCUGCUGCCAGGUUUAGCUGAACUAUGCAGAAACUGGAGAAUUUUGCAAGGUGUUGUCACUACCCCUUUCCUAAUACUACUCCUCUAUUGGUGCAUUCCAUCCAUGUUCCCAGAAUCACCACGUUGGCUCCUUGCAACCAGACAGAUUGGGAAGUGUAAGCAAAUACUACAAGGCAUAGCAAUUGGUAAUGGUGUCAAUGUGGAAGAUGAAUUAUACACCCAAUGCAAUUUGUUUAAUGAGAUGAAUUCUGUGUUUGAAAAGCCUACACAAUUUCGUUCAUAUACAUUUUGUGAUAUGACCACUGCACGAACUACUUGGAAGAACAUCUUGAUAUUAGGAUUCACCACGUUCAUUGGCAAUGGAAUUCAACAUUGCUUUUCCAAAAAUCUUGUUGGUUAUAGCCCCAACUUCUACUUGAAGUAUUUUGUCAUUGCUGGUGCUGAAGGUGUAGCCCUGUUUUUCCUAUAUUUUACUGUGAACAAGUUUGGGCGACGUGGCAUUCUGCUCUUCUCGACAAUCUUCACUGGGUUGUCAUCGCUAUUAUUGCUUGCUCUUAUACAGUAUUUGCAUAAAGGUGUUCAUCUGACUCUUUCCAUCCUGGGCCUUGUUUCAGCUUGUUCCGUUAGUAUAUUGAGCAUAUUUUUUGCCAGUGAGGUUGUCCCAACAGUUGUUAGAGGUGCCACUUUAGGCCUCAUCAUGGCAACAGGUUGCAUUGGCAAAGCAACAUCCCCAAUCAUGGAUCUUCACAAUAAACAUGGCUACUUUCUUCAUCAUGUAGUUUUUGCCUCUUUUGCUGUCCUCUCAGUGUUGUGCAUCAUGUUGCUUCCAGAAAGCAAACGGAAACCACUGCCAGAUUCUAUAAAAGAUGGUGAAAAUCAGAGACGUCCUCCGAUGUUAUUGUUCAGAAACAAGGAUAGAGUUCCUUUGCUGCAUUCAAAACAGAAUGGCAAUUAUAAUCCGGAAAGCUAUUCCAAGCUUGUUACAUCUACCAAGAAAGUGUUGGCCAAUAACAUUCCUAUUCAGUCACAAGAUCCCACAAGAGGAAGUGUGAUCAAGAAGACCCAAGAAUCAGCAAUCUAGCCAGUCUUCAGGGUACAUGAGGAAAUAUAAAAAAUACUCUUGCUGUUUCAUAUUCUGCACCACAGUAACCAGUAUUUUAUCAAUUGCUGCAUUUGUAUGUUCUAAGAUCUGAUUGGGAUAGUUUUGCAAACUGUUUAACAUGGUUACUUUUCUCUGAAGUUUAAUUUUCAAGCACAUGUAUAGUUUCAAAAGAUGUAUAAUUAUGUUGAUAGAUUGUAAAUUGAGAUUUGGGGUUAAUAGCAUAAAUAUUGAAUGCAUUUUGGGUUAUGUACAUCAGUAGUCAAUUAUGAAAAAAACCAUGUUUGUGCCAUAUUGCUUUUUGCAAAUAUUUACAAUGCAGUUUUGAUUAUUGCUCUUUUUUUCUCUAGUCUACCUAGUCAUAAAAUCUAUUUUUUAUCAACUAUGGUGUCAGAUUGCUAAGUGUGUUACCAUUUUAGUAUAUCAGCCUGGGCCGAAUAAUGUUUGAAAUUCUUUUGGUUUGCUGAGAUCUAAUUUCUUGUUCCUUUAUAAUACAA